CUGCUCUGAAGCGAAUGCUGAACUUCAACGCUCCUCCUCUGAAGAACGCAGCCGCUGAGCCAGUAUGGAAGGUGCUGAUAUACGAUCGGUUUGGGCAGGACAUCAUCUCCCCUCUGCUGGGUGUGAAGGAGCUCAGAGACAUGGGCAUCACACUGCACCUGCUCCUUCACUCAGACAGAGACCCCAUUCCAGAUGUACCUGCCAUCUAUUUUGUAAUGCCUACAGAGGAGAACAUCGACAGGAUAUGCCAGGACCUGAGGAACCAGCUGUAUGAGUCGUACUACCUGAACUUCAUCUCUGCCAUCAGCAGGAGUAAACUGGAGGACAUCGCCAGCGCCGCGCUCGCCGCCAACGCCGUCACCCAGGUCACCAAGGUUUAUGAUCAGUAUCUGAACUUCAUCACUCUGGAGGACGACAUGUUCAUCCUCUGCCACCAGAACAAGGAGCUCAUCUCCUACCACGCCAUCAACAGAGCAGACAUCCUGGACACAGACAUGGAGGCCAUCAUGGACACCAUCGUGGACAGUCUCUUCUGCUUCUUCGUCACACUCGGUGCGGUGCCGAUCAUCCGCUGCCCUCGAGGAAACGCAGCAGAGAUGGUCGCUGUGAAGCUGGAUAAGAAGCUGCGUGAGAACCUGCGAGACGCCAGGAACAGCCUGUUCACCGGAGACAACAUGACCGCCGGGCAGUUCAGUUUCCAGAGGCCCCUGUUUGUCCUGGCGGAUCGUAACCUGGACUUGGCCACACCCCUUCACCACACCUGGACCUAUCAGGCGCUGAUCCAUGACGUCCUGGACUUCCACCUGAACAGGGUGAUGAUGGAGGAGGGGCAGGGGGCGGAGCCAUCUCCUGCUGGGGCCAGACCAAAGAAAAAGAGCAGGAAGACCUACGACCUCACCGCCGCCGACAAGUUCUGGCAGAAACACAAGGGCAGUCCGUUCCCGGAGGUGGCGGAGUCGGUGCAGGAGGAGCUCGACACCUACAGAGCGCAGGAGGACGAGGUCAAACGCCUCAAGAGCAUCAUGGGUUUGGAGGGCGAGGAUGAAGGUGCCAUCAGCAUGCUGUCAGACAACACGGCCAAACUCACCUCAGCUGUCAGCUCCCUGCCCGAGCUGCUGGAGAAGAAGAGGCUGAUCGACCUUCACACCAACGUGGCGACGGCAGUCCUGGACCACAUCAAGAGCCGUAAACUGGAUGUUUACUUCGAGUACGAAGAGAAGCUGAUGAGCAAAUCCACCUUAGACAAAUCACUGCUGGAUAUCAUCAGUGACCCCGACGCUGGAACUCCUGAAGACAAAAUGCGACUGUUCCUCAUCUACUACAUCACCGCACAGCAAGCACCCUCUGAGGCCGACCUGGAGCAGUACAAGAAGGCUCUGCAGGACGCCGGCUGCGACCUGUCACCUCUCAACUACAUCAAGCAGUGGAAGGCGUUUACCAAGAUGGCCGCCGCCCCAGCCAAUUAUGGCAACAGCGGAGUCAAACCCAUGGGUCUGUUUUCCAGAGUGAUGAAUACCGGCUCGCAGUUCGUCAUGGAGGGAGUGAAGAACCUGGUGCUCAAACAGCAUAACCUUCCAGUCACACGGAUCCUCGACAACCUGAUGGAGAUGAAGUCACAUCCUGAAACAGACGACUAUCGCUACUUCGACCCCAAGAUGCUGCGCGGCAGUGAGAGCUCCAUUCCCCGGAACAAGAACCCAUUCCAGGAGGCCAUCGUGUUUGUAGUUGGAGGAGGAAACUACAUUGAGUACCAGAACCUGGUGGACUACGCCAAGUCUAAACAGGGGAAGAAAGUUUUGUAUGGUUGCAGUGAACUCUUCAACGCUGCCCAGUUCAUCAAACAGCUCGCCCAGCUGGGCCAGAAGUGAGCGGGACCCCCCUGACAUGUGACACCCCCCCCCCCCCCCCCCCCCCCCCCCAACCCCCUCCACACACACACACACACACACACACACACACACACACACACACUCUCUCUCUCUCUGUAAAUGACUAAUCUUCUUCUUCUUCUGUGGUUCUGCCUCCCAGCACCAAUAAAGUUUAACAGUCUGAUCUCA